AUGGGAUACUCUUACGCAUUGCCUAGGCGCUAUGGGCAAACCAUCGAUUGCUUUUAUAAAUGUUUGGACCUUUCGAAACUUUUGGAAAGCAGUAGUCGUGGUGGAAGAUGUUUUGCUGCUUUUGCGUAUAUUGCAUUAGGUGAUGGCGAAUUGUUUCUUGGGCGUUCCAAAACGGCAUUAAAGUUUUAUAAAGAUGGAUUAGAUCUUGCUGCGCAAAUGCAUGAUAAAGAACGCGAGUUGAUUGGAUAUCUAAAGUUAGGAGAUGUAUACAAGAUUGUUUCGCAAUAUGCCGAAGCGUUGGAGCAUUAUAAAAAAUGUUUGGAAAAAUCUGAAGAAAAACCCAACAAUCCGAUUGUUUUACAAACACGUUUGCAAGCCUUACAGGGCUUGGCUGAUGUGUACAAGGUGACAGGGCAGUACAACAAAGGACUCAAACAUUAUGAGGAAUGUUUGGAAAUUUUGUCGUCAUUAAAGGACGACGAAGAUAAAUUGAAGCUUCAAGAAUCAUUAAUCUACGCAGCGAAGGGAUAUUUAUUGUGGCAUGUUGGCCAGUCUACUAGAGCAUUCGAAUGUUAUGAUAAGUGUUUAAAAUUGGGUUUGGCACUACAUAAUAGAUCUAUCGAAUUUCAUGCAUAUCUAGGUUUAGGGUACCUUUUCUUCUUGACUGGAAAGUGUUUUGAAGCAGUCACGAGUUUCGAGAAAUGUCUCGAAAUUGCGUUGGGAAUGAGCGAUAAACAUCUCGAGGCAACUUCAAAAAUAGGACUUGGAGAUGUAUACAUGUUAACUGGAGAUAAUUCGAAAGCAAUAGAAUAUUAUGAACAAUCGUUGGAGAUUGCAGACGAAUCAGAAUUGCGCGACACCAAAACACCAGCCCAUUUGGGAUUAGGAAAUGCAUGCACCGUGGCUGGUAAAUAUUGCGAAGGAUUACAGCAUUUGGAGAAAUGUUUGAAGCUUUCUGCAGAAGUUGGAGAUCGGUAUCAUGAGUGCCAAGCGUAUCUUGGGUUGGGAGAUGUUGAUAUUUUUGAAGGAAAGUACGAGGCGGCGGUAGCAAACUUUGAAAAAGGGUUGGAUAUUGCCGUUCAAAUUACCGAACGAAAUUGCGAGUCUAGGGCAAGGAGAAGUUUAGCUGACGCGCACGUGUUAAUUUCACCGGACGAAGACGUAGCAGAGCAGUACCAGACAGCUUUGAAUAUUGCUGAAGAAAUUGGCAAUGCAUACGAGAAAUCGCGCUCUCAUCUUGGAUUAGGAAAAUUACAUAAAUCAAUUGGAAAGUAUAAAGAAGCAUUGGAACACUAUGAAAAAGGAUUUUCGUUUGCUGCGGGAAUGAGUGGUAGAAAUUUACAGAAUCCUGCAGACCAUAUGGGCGCAGACCAAGUUGGCAUUAAUGAAAAUUUCUCAAUCUAUUACAUGAAGGGACUGCCAUUUGCGCAUCUGUUAGGAAACAGAUUUGGAGCGUUAGCAGGGUAUUGGGAAUUAGGAGAUUUAUACAAUAAAUUGAAAAAGUAUCAAAAAGCGUUGGAGCUUUUUGAAAGGUAUCUUGCAAUUUCCGAAGAGACCACUGAUUUGAAUGAGCAAGAAAGAGCAUGUGAGCGUUUGGUAGACAUAUACAAACAACAACGUCGAUACUACAUGGUGAAGCAAUUCCAACAGAAACUACAGGUGAUUGCUAAAGAACGAGAAAAAGCUAACUGUG